UUUUGGUCAGAUUCUAGUAUUUUAGUUUUUAAGCAUCAGCACAACAUCAUUAGGUCUGUAACUUCACGGCAACCCUGCUUUAAAGUCAACAUACUGAUGCAUUUUACUUCCUUCAGGCAAGAGUACAGGCCAUGGACAGGGGUGAAACCAGCCAGAAGUGCAAGGAGAAAUCCAGCCACUCAAUACUCCAGCCCAGGGACAGAGGCCACCCAUAUCCCACGUGAGACCAGCUACCAGGCAGCCUACAGCGGAGAGGUCAGCAGGUCCAUGAGCGGGCACAAGGCUGAGCUCAUCCCCCCAUCUGCUGCCUCCAUCAUCCAGCCUCCCUCCGUCACUCAGCACAGCUCAGCUGCCCCGCGGGUCGGCAGGUCCUUGAACCCCCAAGGCCUUCAGCAAAGCAUCCUACAUGAGAGCACCGAGCACAGUGGAAUAACCAAGAGAGAGGAGCAUCUGGUGAGGACCAAACUGCCCCCGAACCCUUCUGCGGUCUUUCAAAGCGGAUCAAGGGUCUUCAACAUCUGACAGCUGCUUCGACUCUCCUCCAACUCCACUUUGUUCACAUUAAGUAAUCCAGACGGGAAUGUUUCAAGCCCAUUCCACAACACAAGAAUCUAUGCAAGGGAAUGUUGUUGUUGUGAACGCUGUUGAGCAGCAGCUUAUUAUCCCAGGUGGAGAUUUGAACCACAUCUUUUGAUACUACUCUAGACUUCCUGCUCCUAUAAAUGAAACGCAUGUCACAGAAUAGCUUAGAUACACUUUUCCUUUUUGUGUUUGUUUUAUUUCGGUUAUAUACACAGAAACUGGCUGCUCUGUAUGUUUGUGUUUGUGUGCCUGCUCUCUUAUCUUCAACGCACAAACUGUUGAAUCUGCAACAAUAAUCCAAGACAUGAUUUGUCAGAAAGUGUGUUUGCUUGUAAUGCUAUGCUGCGCUUUGGUGUCAUUAGAAAUCUGCCUGAAAACAAUUUAUUACCUUUACAUUAUGUUCACCUUUAAAGAAGAUAUUGUUUAGUCCAUUUUGGGAUAAUAUCUAAAUAAAGAAAAAGAGCAGUUAAAUGAGGUAAGAUGUUGAAUAACAA